UCUGGUUGGUAAGACGAGCAUUCAAAUGUAGUUUGUUGAUAUCAAACAAAAAUAUUUGAUUUAGUUGGCCACGAUCCCCACGUCAUCACAACAUGCCGCCGAAACCCGCAAAAUACACAAGAGGAGAGAAAUGUCUGUGUGCUCACAUCGUAAUUACUUUAGCCGUCGUCGCGAUACUGACAAUAGUUUACAUCGUACAUUUGUUUCUCGUCACACAUAAGGAAUAUUAUGAUGCCUUUAAAAUUACCAGACGAGCUUACGAUCCAAGUAUCUCAGGUCUAUCAAUAUCGGAUUACCAAUCCAUUGGGGUGGCGUACCUGAACACAACGCCGGUGACGACGGUUUGUGUGACGCUUCUGCUGCACGCGCGCUGGUCCCUCGCACCAGCACAAUGCACCUCAAUGAGGGACGACCCCGACAUGGCCUCGUACCUGUACUCGUGGAAUAUUAAAUACAAAAUAAACGGAAAACAUAUUAAUUCGGACAUUAAGAGGACUUUGACACAUGCUCAUUUUAGUAGAGAAGAUUACCACAAUAAUAUUGGAUUAUUUGAGCAUGAAGAGCCGAUAAACAAGAAAAAGUACUAUGUUGCUCCUAAAAAUACAAUAGUUACAGACGAAAUGCUGGAAGACUUUGAAAAAAAGAUGGUGUUAAUUGAUUGGCAAAUUAAUUUUUCGGUAAAAGGUGACACUUCGGAUUCGGUCGUGAACGCUGUUCGGCCAAUAUAUUCGUACAAAUGCGCUAUUUAUGCCGACCCCAUUGUUCAGUUACGAGAUUAUGAAUUUUGUGUAGCGUUUGAACAAGACGGCCCUAUUGCGGAUCAUGGUGCAAUGUUGGUCAUGAACUCGACGAUUAUUGGAUUUUUCUCAUGGGGCGACAUCAAAGGAAAAGGCGUGCCUUUAAUUAUUUUAAAUAUUAUACAUUUUAGAGAAUGGUUUGAAAGUAUAGUUUCCUUGUAAACAGUACUGCCAACUCCUAGAAAUUCGAGUCUCUAGGCUCCAAGUCAAAAGUCGCCAGAAAGUCUCUAAAACUAAUUCCAUGAGAAGCGAAUACAAGAUUUUAUCUGGGAGAAGCACAAGUGAGCACAAGCAUGGUAUGGACACUUGAUACUCACCUCCACUCGUUUAUUCGAAAGUCUAUGAUCCAGAACGAUACCAUAAUAAAAA